CUUCCACAUCUACGUACCAUAGACUGCCAGACAUACCAGCACGAGCAUCCGAUUGCGGAACCUGCAAAGUCAGUGGGAAAGACAGCAUCGCACCGUCGCGGCAUUACCAGUUUCAUCUUCCGGAUUCCUCUCAUCCGUAGGCUUCAGCUCGGAUCGCAAGAAUGGCUCGUGGAAACCAGCGUGACAAGGCUCGUGAGGCUAACCAGAAGAAAUUGGCUGGAAUGAAAUCCGGGAACAAGCUAUCUGGCACAGAGCAACAACGCGCCAAGGAAGAGGCCGCUGAGAUUAUGAGGAAGAAGCAGGCUGCCGCUGAGGCCAAGAAGGCCGCCGAUGGCGCCAAGAAAUAGACAUCCGUUAUCAGAGGGCUCUUUCAUGAAAGCCAAGUUACCACAUUCACAUCAAGGGCGACAAAUCGGACAUUCAACCAAAAUUUCACUGGAGAGGGGAGUCGGAGGCUGGCGUUUGUUCUGAGCUUAGUUCUCGCCACCGGUCGUAGGCACAGAAGAUAUGGAAAUGCAUUUGAUACCCCGGGACUGCUACUACAUUUCUCUGCGACUCAUGAUAUUCAAUUCCUGGAAAUAAAUGUCUGUGUAGCUGCCAAUCUCAGUCGGUCAGGUCC